AUGAGCUGUUGGGCAAAGUUGAAGUCUUCUGGAUGGGCUUAUCCCACCACAGUACUGUCCAUCUACGGCUUUCUUGCUAAUUGUCGAGUAGCAGAGCCCUUCCUGACACCUUACCUCAUUGGACCAAACAAGAACAUAUCUGAGGAGGUGGUGACCAAUUACCUGUUUCCUAUCUGGACGUACUCCUACCUGGCAUUUCUUUUCCCUGUGUUUCUCUUGACAGACUUUCUGAAAUACAAGCCUGUUAUUAUAGUACAAGGACUUUUUCUCGUCAGCAACUACCUCUUGCUAUCUUUUGCCCCUGGGCUGCCAGCAAUGACCUUCCUUCAGGUCAACUUUGGAGUGGUGACUUCCACAGAAGUGGCCUACUUCUCUUAUAUUUACAGCGUCAUUCCUCUAAAGCAUUAUCAAAGGGCUACAAGUUACCUGCGCAGUGCCAUGCUCACAGGAUAUACAUUCGGUGCCAGUCUUGGCCAAAUGCUUGUCUCCCUUGGAGGAGUGGAUUACUUCUACUUGAACGCUUUAACUCUGGGCAUUGUUUGCAUAGCUUUUCUUGUCUCUUUCUUUUUGCCAAUGCCCAAAAAGAGCAUGUUCUUCAAAGGGGAAAAGGCUGUGGACUCCCAUUCGCAAAAUGAAGGGUCACUCAACACACGAAGAGAUUCACACAAGGAGGGAGAAUCCUUGGAUGAAGAGAAGAUGGAGGUUACUGGCUGGUGCAGCAGAGAAAAUGUAACCACAGCAUGUCGAUUACUUUGGAAAAGCUUCAAAGAAUCCUACUCUUCUAGGCAUUUAGUGUACUGGUCCCUGUGGUGGGCUUUGGCCACAGCUGGCUACAUGCAGAUCUUUAACUACAUCCAGCUCAAGUGGGACCAUAUAGAACCGUCUGCCACAUCGUCUAUCUACAAUGGAGCAGUAGAAGCUGUAUCUUCUGUUGUUGGUGCUGCUGCAGCUUUCUCUGUGAGCUUCAUCAGGGUGAACUGGGCCAUGUGGGGAGAGCUGGCACUGGGGCUGUUCUCGGCCGUGUGCUCAGGUGCUGUGUAUCUGAUGGCGUUCACCAGCAGUAUCUGGGCAUGCUAUGCUGGAUAUGUCAUAUUCAAAUCCUGCUACAUGUUUCUCAUUACCAUCACAAUAUUUCAGAUAGCAUCAAACCUUUCCAUGGAGUGUUAUGCUUUGACGUUUGGGAUCAACACAUUCAUAGCUCUCGCUCUGCAGACUAUUAUCACUGUGAUUGUUGUUGAUGAAGCCGCAUUGGGACUGGACAUUGUCACACAGUUUAUAAUAUAUGGCAGCUACUAUGGUGUCAUCUCUGUUGUUUUCCUGAUCCGUGGGACCUACACAGCCUGGGUACAUCACCGCUCUCUGGAUAGAACAGAACCAAGGGAAAAACAGCAGGAUGUAGAGGUGAUCUCUACUGACCAUCAACAGCAAUAA